UUCCUCUCUCUUUCUCCCUCUCCCUUUCUGUACCCACUCUCUGUCUAUCUUUCUCCCUCCUGUCUGUGCUUGCCUGGACGCCCGCGUUCCUCCGUCUUCCUCACUCCAUCCUUCCUCGUGCUGUCUCUCUACGCUCACCUCCAGGACGACGUUGAGGCACAUCGUCCGUGCCCUGCCCCCUCUCACCGACUAUGGAGUGGGACCAAUAGGAGCGCCGCUUCCGGCAACGAUGGUGCUCCAAUCGGCAUACGACGCCGACGGAUAGACGCUGACGAGAGGCGAUUUUGACAGUCGACACUGUGCUACUCUCAGAGCUCGCGGUUUAAUCGUGCACUGGACUUACUUCGAGUCUGGGAUCCUUGUGAUUCGUGAAUCGGAGCAGUGCCCUUCGCAACGUGGACCUUGUUGCGUGGUCACCUCGCGAGCUUCCGAACGCAUUAGUCUGACUGCUCGCGAAAGUGCUUUCUUUUUAUUCAUUGGAUUUUCUCAGUGAAUCAUGAUCGUAUCAGGCCUAUUGUGAGUGGACUAAUUGAAGAUUUAAUCAAGCUUACUAACGGAUGAAGCGUGAGGAUUAAUAGCCAUCACGUGGUCGAAGAGACAGCGAUCCGCUUCGAGAACUCGCCGGGAUAAUUUGAUCGAGGCGAAACGCUAAACGAUCGAUUACGGAAAAUUCCGCAGCUGAUUCAUAGGAUAGACUUUACGAGCAUUCCCACGGAGAUUCCCGCCUUCAGCAUUCAGAAAUAAUCGUAUGUUCGCCACGACGCGCAUCGCUUCUGGAGCCGAAUCUAUUCAAUAGCGGGCGGACAGCCUCGGUGAUCAAUAGCCCGCGAUAAAUUUAAAUAAUUCCCUCGCCAAUACAUACAGACAUCGCGGUUGCGAUCGUCGCGUCGCGAACAUCCCCGCUAUUACGGAUGCGAGCGCGUCGUCCGGACCGUUGCAAGUGAAAGGAAACCUCGGGGGACUUGUCGUUUAACCACGUUGGACAUUGCGGGGGGGCGGGGGGGACCGCGUGAGAUACCGCGAGAAUAAUUAAAUGCGCGCGUGAGAUAAUCGGAUGAGCUGCGCUAUGGAGUAUCAGCAAUUGGCGCCACCGCCGGUACCAACUGGGGUGCUGCACACCCAGGCGCACCAUCCUCAACCCCAGCAUCAGCAGCCGGUGCAGCCACCGCAGCAUCCGCACAUCGUAGUCGCGCCGGCUCAUCAGCAGCCGCAAUCCCAGCAACCACCGCCACCACCCCUGCCGCCGACCUCCCAUGGCCAUCAAGUACACCCGCCGCUACCGCCCAUCCACGAAGACAGCACAAGUUCCAGGUGGUCCCAGUACCAGCACUUGUGGAGGCAGCAUCAUGUUUAUAUGAACGGGAAACAAGGUAAAGAUGGGCCAGAGGAAAAGAAGGAUGCCGACGGUGAACUUUGGGGCAACGUGGAAGCGCAGGCCGCCUUUCUCGGGCCCAAUCUCUGGGACAAAACUUUGCCUUACGAUGCCGACCUGAAGGUAUUAAACCAUUAUGUCGAUCUCGAUGAGUUUCUUUCCGAAAACGGCAUCCCCGUCGACGGUGUGGCUGGUGGUGGACAAGGUGCCAUGCAAGGUAGCCAGCUUCAUAAAAUCAACAACACCGAAGCCGCCGGACAUCAGGGACCAGCGGGUCUCCACUUGGAACCAGUUACCAAGCGUGAGAGAUCACCAUCGCCGAGCGAAUGCUGCUCGCCGGACACCCUGAACCCACCCUCUCCCGCGGAUUCCACGCUCUCGAUGGCCUCAUCGGGGCGAGAUUUCGAUCCACGUACCCGGGCCUUUUCUGACGAGGAACUCAAACCCCAACCUAUGAUCAAGAAAUCGCGGAAGCAGUUCGUUCCGGAUGACUUGAAGGAUGACAAAUACUGGGCGCGUCGUAGGAAGAACAACAUGGCAGCGAAACGAUCGCGAGACGCGCGUCGCAUGAAGGAGAACCAGAUAGCACUCAGGGCCGGUUUCCUCGAGAAAGAGAAUAUGGGUCUACGACAGGAGCUGGAUCGGUUAAAAAAUGAGAACAUGUUGCUACGCGACAAACUGAGCAAGUACACGGACGUCUAACACCCCGUCGUCGGCCAUGCACCAAUUCGAGCGACACGCAAAGAGAGAGAGAAGAGAUGCGAACAUGAGGGUGGACAUCACAUCCCUCAGCUACUACUCCCUCGCUUAUAGUCGCAGCACAUAGCAGCCUUCGUCUCUGCGGAGGAAGCGAAGGGGAUGCGGAGCAUGUUGACGAGUACCAACUCCCGAACCGACUGCCGCCGCCCUAAAGCCGACAACCAACCAACUUCCUCAGAAAUCUCCGAAGAUCCUCUAUUCUCUAUCAUUCUCUUUCUCUCCUUCUCUUGCUCUCGGAUAAAAUUCUUAUUGAGUCCUCGCUCCUUGUCCUGCUCUAGAAAAAACUCCACUUGUAAAUAGUUAUAUGUAUAGUUAGAUUAUAUACACACAUACACACAUACGC